UCCCUUCAUCCCUCGUCUCUUCUACCGACUCUCUCUCACAGUCUUUACAGGUUUCGCACCGUUCCGCCUCGCUCCUUGUCUCGCCCACACACCGGUCUCCCGGUUUUUUGAGUUCACGGUGGUCUGUCGGGACAACAAGCAUCAACGUACCAGCCAGUCCUCUUAUCCGUACAAUUUAUAGCCCAUCAUGCACUCAGCCUUUUCAAUGCUCCUCUCGGCGCUCCUCCUGAGUGGCGCUGUCACUACGACCUCGGCCAGGGAGUUCGAGGCCCGGGGCAAGCAGCCUCACCGGCGUGUGGCCAACCUGACGUCGCGCGAUGCCUCUGACCGGGACUUCACCCUCGAUGCGCUUCCCAAGACGUGGCAGCAGGGACAGGCAGGCACGAACCAGUGCACGCAGUGGGGCGCCAGCUCGCCUGAAUCGAUGUGCCAGAACAACUUCAUCAACGCUGUCGACGACUUUUGCAUCUUUGCACCUCCCACGCCCGGACCAAACAGCGCCAUCGGCAACACGGAGCGCAUCGAGGUUUCGUGGUGCACAAAGGAGGGCUACGGUACUCGUCUCAUUCCCGAAGGCACCAUCACGGGCGCCCACUUCAUCCAGACCAAGUCUUACGUCCAGAUCACCGGCACCGGUGACCUGACCAAGAUCAACGUUCCCGCCGGUGACGGCGGUGGCGAGCUGGACCCGCACGGUGCAGACGGAAACGGUAACCCGAUCGGCGGUCUCGUCUUCACCACCGCCCUCUCCAAGGACGGCAAGACGUACCAGCAGGUCCACGAGUGGAUGCAGUUUGUCGCCUACAAUGAGUUCUGCAUGCGUGCCUGCAAGGGCAAGAGCGCCACGGCGCAGGCCAACUGCCAGCACGUCUACGACACUAUGGGCUGUGACUGGGUCAUGCCGGGCAACUACCAGCCAGGCUUCGACAGCUGUGAUGCAGACGUCAGCGACCCACCGGGUGUUUACGGCACCUCGACCUUCAUGCAGGGCGACGCCUCGACGCCGUCUGCCCACGCGGCGCCAAAGUCGUCCAACUGCCAGGCAGUUCCGUCGAUUGUUCCCGGAGACACGACGAACCCGACGGGCGCCAACCAGGUCAAGGCACCCGCCGUCACCUCUUCUGCUUCUUCGUCCUCCUCCACCGCUGCCUCUUCCUCGUCGACAAAGACGGCCUCUAGCAGCCUGAACCGCAUCUACGACAACACGGCGCCAACGCUCUCGUCCAACUCCAACGCAAAUGCCUACAAUGCCCAGCCAACGUCGACGUCGGGCGUCGCUACGCUGAGCAACCCUCUCGUCGCCCUCUCGGCCGGCGCCGUUGCCUUUGCCCUGGUCCUCAUGGCCUAAGAUGCCCCUGGAACCCGUUCUCCUCUUUCUCCUUUUUCGUACAUCAAACACUUAAUACCAGGUCGACCAACUAGGCUUUCCACGCACACAACAAUCAAAGCGCUCUUCUCUCAGGACACUUUUUUUGGUCUUUCCAUCUCUUCACUUAUUGUCACGCUUCAGG